CCGAAGAAAACACUCACGAAGGGAGCUCCUUCCUGUGGCACGCAUGUACACAACAGAGAUUAGACGAUGAAAACCUCCAAGAAGAAGGAAUCCACAAACAGUAGACCUCAGGAUAAUAAUUCAGAAGCCCAAUGCGAAGAGGAAAAUGAGCUGUGUCCUGGUUUCAAAGACGUCGACGCCUUCGUUAAAUAUGGUUUGGGGGCUGUGCUAUCAGCCACUAAAGCCUCUGCUGGCUUACCUCAGACAGGAGACAAAUAUGAUUUCUAUCGGAGCUUUCCGGGCUUCCAGGAGUUCUGUGAAAGUCAGGGAGAUAAACUUUUACACUGCAUGAGUCAGAUAAUGCAGCACCAUGGCUGCAGAUCUCACAUAAGAGACCGGAACAAGCUAACCGGAAUUGAGGAGAGGUUUGACUUGGUUGUGGACUCAAAUGAUGUUUUUCUCGAAAGAGCGGGGAUUCUCCUUGAUGAAGCUGAUGGGGUGAACAGGAGCCAGAAACCCAUUAUGCCUGCUGGGUUUCAGCCUCCAAAAAUUGUUGUUUCCAGCUGGAAUCGUAAGGGUUCCAGCUCUGGCAGUCGAUCGGAGACAUUCCGACUGCUCCACGCCAAGAACGUGGCGAGGCCCCAGCUGAAAUUUAAGGAGAAAGUUGACAACAGCAAUACGCCUUUUGUUCCCAAAAUCUUCAUCAAGCCCAAUGCGUUGAAGCCACUUCCAUCAUAUUUCUCAAACAAACAAAUACGUAAAGAGAGGCCAGAGGACCUCGAUGUCCCGGCUGCCCUGGCUGACUUUAUCCACCAGCAGAGGACUCAGGAACAUGUUGAAGACAUGUUUGCACAUCCAUACCAAUAUGAACUGGACCACCUCACCAUAGCAGAAAGUUUACUGUCCAAGCCACAGCCUCAGAUGUACAAACCAAUGGCUGAGACCAAGCUAUCCUUUAUAGACUCACUGGAGGACCUGGUGGUUCUUAAUGAGAAGCUGUGCAGAUUAUCUGAAUUUGCAGUGGACCUCGAGCACCAUUCCUACAGGAGCUUCCUCGGCCUCACCUGUCUGAUGCAGAUCUCCACCAGAGAGGAGGACUUCAUCAUCGACACUCUGGAGCUCCGCAGCGAAAUGUACAUCCUGAACGAGGCGUUCACUGACCCAAGUAUCGUAAAAGUUUUUCAUGGUGCUGAUUCUGACAUCGAGUGGCUCCAGAGGGACUUUGGCUUGUACGUUGUCAACCUUUUUGACACCCAUCAGGCGAGCCGAGCCCUGAACCUGGCCAGACAUUCCCUCGACCAUUUACUGAAGCAGUUCUGCAACGUGAACUCAGACAAACGCUACCAGCUGGCUGACUGGAGGAUCCGCCCCUUGCCAGAUGAGAUGAUCGAUUAUGCUCGAGCAGACACCCACUAUCUCCUCUACAUCUACGACUCCAUGAGAGUGCAGCUGUUGGAGUCCAAUCAUGGGCAGCCGGGCCUGUUGCAGUCUGUCUGGAACAAAAGCAAAGAUGUUUCACUGAAGAAAUACUUGAAGCCGAUCUACACCGAGGAGUCAUAUUUAGAGCUGCAGAGGAAGCAGAAAAGGUCUUUUAACACCCAGCAGCUCACCACGUUCAGGCUGCUAUACGCCUGGAGGGACAAGCUGGCCAGGCAGGAAGAUGAAAGCACCGGAUAUGUCCUGCCCACACAUAUGAUGAUCAAAAUAUCUGAAGAGCUGCCCAAAGAGCCUCAGGGCAUCAUCGCCUGCUGUAACCCCGUCCCACCGCUGGUGAGGCAGCAGGUCAAUGAGCUUCAUUUGUUGGUACAGCAAGGCAGGGAAAUGCCACUCCUGAAGGCUGAGAUUGUAGCUCAAAAGAAGAAAGGACUCACAUCCAUCAAAAAGGCAGAAGUCACGUUGUUUGGUCCACAUGAUACUUCCCGGGGGUCUGAGAGCGACAACCCUCAGUUAACAGCUGAUGAAGUCCCAAUAAAACAAGGAAUCCUGUUCUCAGACGAGGAUCAUAGAAUGGAUGUUGAUGAGCAGGAAAUAAGCGGCCUCUUGGCUCCAGCUAGAAUCACUCUUUUUCAGGAACUGGAAACUCCUGCUGACAAAAUGUCCCUCUCUGUAGCCCAGAUGAAAGCCAGGCGUAUCAUCGAGUCUUUUGAAAAUCCUUUCAGAAUGUAUUUACCCUCCACUGGUGCGCACGUUAACAAAAAUUCCAAGUUUGACCCAUCUUCAAAAAUAUUUGAGAUCAGCAAGAGAUGGAAACUGCAGAGUAUUGAACAGCAGCAGAAGGAGCUGGAGGUCAAGAAGAAGUCAAAGGAAGAGGCAAAACAGCAAGCAAAGAAACUGACAGAGGAAAGAACCAAGGCUAAACGGAGCUAUCAGGAGUCUGUGCAGAACAUCACCACCAUUCGCCAGCAAGCAGCAGAGUCAAAGGAUGGUGGGAAGAAAAGAGCGAAGGGUGGCAGUGAGAUUGGAGAGGUGACUCCCAAACCGACUAAGAAGCAGAUGAAAUCGACAGACAAACCGCAGAAGACUGAACCUCCGUCUGAAGAAAGCUUCAAACCCUUUGACUAUGCUCAGUCAGAUCUUAAAGUUUUUGAUGGUUCCAAAGCUAAGGACAACACACAGUUUGAUCCAAACCGGCAAGCCCAGGAUUUUAGGAAAAAGAAGUUUCCUCAAGGAAAAAAGAACAGCCUUUCUGCAGGAAACAAAAGCAUGUCAUAUCUAAGUGGCAAACUAGACAGAGGAUUCCGGCAUAACUGGCCAAAGAGAUAGACACUCUGCAUUUUUCUUCCACCUUUUUAAUAACCUGGAAUACAGAUAUUAUAAUUUUUUUCCCUUAUUGCAAGGGAAACAGUAUUUCAGAAUCUGUUGGUUUUUGAAAGUAUUUUUUUCUCCACCUGUGAUACUGACUGUAAAUAUGUGGAAGCACACAAUUAAAGUUGAUUUUAAAAGAAAA